GCGCUCUCCGCCCAGCCUCGCCGCGGCGCUCCGAGGGCUUCCCGCCGGGACCAUGCGCGGCCGCGACUUCGCGCUCGUCCUGCUGGCUCUGGUCCUCUGCCAGGCGCCCCGGGGGCCGGCCGCCCCGGUGUCGGCGGGCGCAGGGACCGUGCUGGCCAAGAUGUACCCGCGCGGCAACCACUGGGCGGUGGGACACUUAAUGGGAAAAAAGAGCACAGGAGAGUCCCCGUAUGUUUAUGAGGGAGGGAGCCUGAUGGAGCAGCUGAGGGAGUACAUUCGCUGGGAGGAAGCUACAAGGAAUUUGCUAAGCCUCCUGGAAGCAAAGGGGACCAGAAACCAUCAGCCACCUCAACGCGAGCCCCUGGGCAUUCUCCAGUCUACUUGGGAUUCAGAGGACAGCAGCAACUUUAAAGACGAGGGAUCAAGACUCAAAGUUGGUGGACUCUCUACUCCAGGUUCUCAGCGUGAAGGAAGGAACCCCCAGCUGAACUGAUACUGACAAUGGUGGCCUCCCUCAAAGAAGCAAAACAAAAUCCUCAAGAGACUGCGUUCUAUGGGCAUCAGUUCUACUGGGUCAUCAAGUUUCC